AGACGAAGACAAGUGACGAUUUGAUCAUCAUUCGAGAAGUGAAGCCAGAGGACACGCUGCUUGUGCUGCUGCUGCUGCUGCUGAGGAAAGUGCGAAAAUCUCGUGCAGAAUUUCUGGAGGAAGGAUCUUUUUCUACAUUUUGGAAACAUCAGAGGUCUUAGCAGAAAUGUCCCAGAACUCGUCCCCAUCCCGCUCCGGGAUGACUAAGGAACAACUCAAGUCGAUGUUGAUCGAACAUGGGAUUUCACCCCCGCCAAACUCUGCUAAAAAGGAAGAGUUUCAGCGGGUGUUCGACCAGAAUUUUGGUGUAGGUUACGUUAAGAGACAAGGGGGAGAAUUCUCUUCUGACGAUGAGGAAGUUGACCCCGAGGCUGAGACGGAGGAAGAAGAUAUCCUCGAUGAUGACGACGAAAUGGGGAGCAUGACUUAUGAAAAGCUUGCUAAACUUAGCAACUCUGAAUUGUAUACGGCAUGUGUCGGGGCCUUCGGCAAGGAUAACGUUGGCCCGGUUAUGGAUAAUACAAGGUCACUGUAUUUACAAAAGUUUGCCACGCAUAUGGGCCUCUCGCCCAAGGCUUCGGCUUCAUCAACCGUGAAUGGUAAUGGAAUCACAAAUGGAGCGUCCAACGGAUAUUCUGACUCGGACGACGAUGCUGAAGUUGCUGAAAACGCUUCUCAAACGAGCAGCCGCGCUAGUGGGGCUUCAUCUCGCAGCAGGGGAGCGGGUCGAGAAGGAAGUUCAUUGCCAGAGGCAGAUGAAAGCGUGCGAGCACGCGGUGGAUAUCGGCGCUCGGAAACGCCAAAUACUGCUACUACUACUACGGCUUCCCCAAGAAACCACUCUCCCAUCUUGGGCGGUGGUGGGUUGACCAUGAGCGCGCGUGUGAAACAGGAGGUCGAAGGAGUAUCAUACUUCAAAGAAAGGCCAGGUUACGUGUCGAUGACGACAUCCAAGUUCCUGCCUAUCAAACCCAUUAAACGGAAGGCAAAGACGCCAGAGAAAGAGCCGGAACCUUGGUCUCCAGCUGUGCAAAAGAUUGCAAUGGUCUUCGCCAUUAUCGCCGUCCUACUCGCCCUCUACUGCACUCGGGGCACCAUUUUCGCUCUCUUUGAGCACCAUGCGGACGAUGAUGUAGGCAACGGGGACGAACUCGACGAUUACUUGGAGUCAUUAACCAAGGAGGAUGCCGUUUAAAGAAGUCAAAGUAUCAAGCUUACCCUCACCUGUUCGAACGCGGAAGCCUAAUUAAAAAAAAAUAUUUAUCUUUUUUAAGUCCUAUUACAUAUAACGUAGCUAUUGCCAAGUAACGUUUUGUAUUUUGUACUUACUUGUUGUAGUUUUACUAGAAAUAAGUAAUUUUAAAUGUGUAAGUACCCACCUGAUCUGAUAUUCAGAACGAUAUGUCAUCAUUCCCUGUACGUUUGUUUAGUCCAUGUCCAUUUUUGGGUAAAAAAGACUCACUUUUUAUACGGUUGUGUUCAUCAUCCUUCAAUCAGAUACUCAUCGCCACAACCGCCGCCACAAUUUUGUAAACUGAAUAUUUUCAGAGUAGGUUAGUCAAUUUGUUUACUAGGAAGAUUUUUCUAUGCAAUUUUUUUGCCGUCCCAAAAAAGUUUCUUAUAUGUAUUCAUGUCAAUGUAAAUCUCGUCAUGUUGUAUGUUUUUAUACAUAGUUGGAAAACGGUGCAAUUUUUUGGAGAUAUAAUUUAUUAAGAAAUCGGAUGAUUGAUACAGAUUUUCAGUUUUUAUUUGAAUGAUAGUUCCACCGAAUGUUUUUACAUUUAUUUAUGUUGAUACGUCUGUUUUUUUGAAAAUGUAUGUAUUGAUUUUAAUUUUAAAAAUUGAUUUGUUUUCGAAAUUUUUGUGCAUUAUUGUCGUUCACUUUUAGAAAUGUUUUGUUUUUGCAAGUAAUUUUUUAUGCGUGUUACUGGAUUUGUUUAAAUUUAGAGAGAAAAAAUGUACUUGUCUUGUACUUGGAAAGAUGAAGAAAGAAAUAAAAAGGGUAUUAAUAUUAUA